CUGAUUUGUAUAUUAAACGAUGCAAGCCGGCCUAAGAUUUCCUAGGAGAAUGAACCUCAUAGCGAUUGGCGGGCUCGCAGCAGUACUCGUCGUCCCUUACUUCGUUGCUGCUUACAACGAAACAUUGUGUCAGGAAGAGCGCUCGUCAUGGUUGGAUGAGUAUCGUGAGUUCCACAAAGCUAACCGAGGGGCUCCGGGAGCUCGAUAUCUGGUCUAUUAUUGCGGACCUGGCCAAGAUUUGUGCGCAGGCACAGGCGACCGAGUUCGUGGCAUGCUCUACAUGCUGCGAGUCGCCGCUGUCCACCGCAUGGUCUUCCUGGCCCAAUGGGACAACCCCGUCAACCUGACAGUUCUCCUGUCUCCCAACGAGAUCGAUUGGCGGCCGGAAGGCCUGCCCACAGAAGUCAUCUCCAGGAUCGGCAAAGCACACAACACAUUUCCGGACAGGGAUUUUUUCGGCCUGUCUGAGUGGGGCAAUAAUCUGGAGCUUUGGAAGACCACGACAAUACACACAGCCACCGCCUGGCCAGCGUCAAUCGUCGACCAUCGUGUCUGGAACACGACGCUGUGGCCCCCCAACGGCUUUUUGACGCUCCUGGGGCCCCUUGGCGGUGUGCCACACGAGCAGGAGCAGCGUUGGACGAGUGAGUUCACCUGGUACAUAGACAUCAGCUCCUGCUGGUGGCACUUCGCCUUCAAACCCUCCGAGGCUGUGGAGGCCAAGGCCAAGGCUAAUCUGGAGGCUGCUUACUCGCUGCAAUCAGGCUCUGUGGCGCCUGCUUUUGUUGCCUGGCACUGGCGCACUGGCGGCCAGCAUGGCGAGACGGGCAUCAUACGUGCUGAGAACACGCAGUUUUUUCGUUCGCGCCUCCAGCAGCUCAUAUCCUGCAUCAACUGCGCACGCGCCAUGAUGCUGCUGAACGCGGUCACAGAGCCGCUGCUCCUGGUCACCGACCUCAAUCCCUUCAGGAAAUGGAUUCGUUCCGGCGCGAUGGGCCGCGGCGUGACCACACUUCCGUCCAUCGCACAGCAUGUGGACAUGGGCAACGCUCAAUUAGAUGCAUACAUCGAUAUUCUGGCGGAUGCGCUGGUUCUCAGUCGUGCCAAGUGCCUGCUGAUUUCGCAGUCAGGCUUCAGCAACACGGCACUCAUGUUACGGAAGGAGCCGCUGUGCUAUAGUCAUAUGGAUAUGUGCCUUUGGCAACAGGAGAGCUUCUUCGAGAACGUGAACAUGCACCACCACCGCAGGGUGCUCGGGACACGUGCCCCUGAGAGCGCUGAAUUAUUCAUCGCAGCUGAAAUCUUACAUAGUCGGCUCUGGGUCGUUCAUGAGGCCCUCGACCGGCCCCGCUCCAUCUCCUUCAAGGGCGCUACAGACCUGGUGACGGAGACGGACAAGGCCAGUGAGGAAGCCGUGUUGGCGGUGGGCCCCAUGCCUGGGUCACCCGGACCUUUGCGGCUCAUAAAGGCCGACCAACCACCUGCAACGGUAAACCCGUACGGGUCAGCGAGGUGGGUAUCGGAUGUACGGCGGUCCCUGUUGGUGACGGGUUUCGGGUACGAGCACGACGAGGCCUGGUCCGCGAACAUGGAGCUUUUCCGGGAGUUUACGGAUGUGUGUCAAGGUGUACGGCGGCUGGGGGCGGCGGCGGUUGACCUUUGUCAUCUCUCUAUGGGCGUCGUGGACGGUUAUUGGGAGUACCGCCUGAAGCCCUGGGACAUGGCGGCUGGGGUCAUCAUCGCGCAGGAGGCUGGGGCCACCAUCACCACCAUGGACGGUCGGCCCUUCUCCGUGUUCGAGCGGUCCAUGUUGGCGAGUAACGGCCACCUGCACCAGCAGAUGUUGGAUGGUACGGCACCCAAAACCCGGGCUCUCCUGGAGCGCGGUGUCGACCUGUCACCCUGGUUCGUACCGCUUGGCGUAAAAGUUGAGCAUGUGAAAAGUGAUUUCAACGUACCGGGAGGAUAUUAUGCACUGAAAUUUGAUUACGGGCAGGGGCCUCGGCCGACGUCAUCUUGCUAUGAGUACAGCCGAUCCAUUCCAGAGCCUUACACCGAACGCUACCGGCCACAAACCUCUUUGCCAAUGAUUAACGUCGGCAUCCCGCGGGCAUUCUGGCAGUGGCACGGCAACAUUUCCAGGGCUGACUUUGAACGAGCGAAGUCCUACGGCAUCUGCGAGAACUGCAUGCUACUCCAUUACAAAAUUGUGAACGGCAGGCUUUACACCGAAGAAGGCGCCGGGUCGCGCGUUCCGCACUCCAGGCAGCUGCAUUGGUUGGCAUGGGAGGAGAUGCUCAGCGUCAUUCUCUAUUUGUACCCCAUGCCGGAUAUGGAAUUUCUAUUGUUGUGGGACGACGAGUGCGCCAGCGGACUGCCCCUCAUCGCGCCCAACAUCUGUCGCCAGUUCCCGAAGGCUGGAUUCACAUUUCCAUCCUUCUCGGUUUGGUCGCAGUCACUGGGCCCUGUUCAGAUGGCCACCUACCAUUCCUGCAUCUGGAACAGCAGGUACCCACCGCAUACCCGCAAACCCAUGGCGGUGUGGAGGGGCAGCACGACCGGUGCACGAGUGACGACGACCCUUGAAAACCACAAGCAGGUCACCAGGUUGAAGCUGCACCUCCUAGCUCAGAACCACUCAGACAUCUUGGACGCGAAGAUCACCAUGUUCACGGAGGAGCUCCCCGACUCAGUCCGCAAGCUCUACAAACCAGGCAAACUAAUCGAACCCGAAGACUACAACCAGUACAGCGCGAUCAUCGAUGUGGAUGGACACAGCUGGAGCGACCGAUUCGGCAACUCCCUCAUCCACUACGCCACGCCCAUACUCAAAAUGGCCUCCAACCGAACGGGGUUCUUCGAGCACCUGUACGCCCCAGGCACGGCCUUCCAGCAAUUCAACAACAACCUGGAAGACCUCCCCGAAAAGGCCCGGAAGGUCAUCUCCGACGUUCAGCAGCUUUCCGGCGACUCGGAAUCUUUCCAGAUGGUUCGGAACAUGCACGCGACCUCCCAGUUGCUGAUGGACCACAUCGGUCUCGCGGAGGCCUUCGUGUAUUCGCUCCUGAAGUACUGGAGCCUGGUGACUUGGAAGCUCGACCCAAGUGACCUGGACGGCUUUGAGGAGGUGCCCAUGACGUGUUGUGCGCUGACGCGAGUACCGCCUGAGUUUGCGGUAGCUGUCACCACCCGCCUGAUGAGGAAGGUCCCCAGGAGGGGCAGCGGACGACCGUUACCAUCGAGUAGUUGGUAG